GCCAAGUCAAGAGGGAGCUCAGUCACUAUCUCCCCACCGAGCCAGCUCCGCCAGGCAGGGCAGGGAGGGAGUGGGACAGAUUCUGGGAGUGCAGCGGGGAGGAGCUCUGGCUGGGGUGAGCGGGGGAGCUGCUUGGCAGUGCCAGAGCCCAGGCCCCAGAGCCCUGCUGGAGAGAAGGUGGACUGAGGAGGCAGGCCCCAAGAGGAGGUGAGGUGGUAAGAUGGCAGACAGCUACACCGAGCUGGAGAAGGCAGUUGUGGUCCUAGUGGAAAACUUCUACAAAUACGUGUCUAAGCACAGCCUGGUCAAGAACAAGAUCAGCAAGAGCAGCUUCCGCAAGAUGCUCCAGAAAGAGCUCAACCAUAUGUUGACGGACACAGGGAACCGAAAGGCCGCCGACAAGCUUAUUCAGAAUCUAGAUGCCAACCACGAUGGACGUAUCAGCUUCGACGAGUACUGGACCUUAAUAGGUGGCAUCACCAGCCCCAUUGCCAACCUCAUCCGCCAGCAGGAGCAGCAGAGCAGCAGCUAGAGCCCCCCACCCCUUCCUGGCACUAACCCUGGCACCCAGCCUCCCAUGCUCUUGGCCAGGUCCCUCCUCAGCCUCCUCUGCCCACCAGGCCUUUUCUUAGCUGCUCCCUUCAGACCAUCUCCCUGACCCUUGCAGAGCAGGAGAGAGGGGACAUCAGGGCCCCUGUGUGAGUGCCUCAGUUGGGGGGUGCUUCUCUGAGGGUUUCAGUCCCUGGAGCCAGUAGGCCUUGAGGACCCCUCUGUGAGAUCUCAAUGCUGUUUGGGGACCCCAAGAGUUUCCUCACCUGUCCAGCCCAUCUACCUGUCCAAUGUCUGCCGUUACGGCUUGAUCUUUGCCUGAUUCUGGGCCCGUCCCAACCUCCUGCAGGGGUGGCUCGCUGCUUGAGCAGAGACUCUCCCCCUGUCCCUUGGCCCCUCUGCUGGGUAGAGAAGCAUGUCCAGGGAUCCCCUCCAGCUGCCUUUGUGUCUGGGAAUGAGCUAAGCAGGUCUGGGCAUCCUCCCUCCUGCUCAGCCACUGGAGAACGGCAAUAAAGGCUGGAUUUGGAGGUGUAGCCCUCUCA